AUGUAUCAAACGCUUGCUCAGAGGCCAUACAGCACACCUGCUAGUAACUCAGUUUUGCUGCCUUUGCUGCUUCUUUCCCUCGCAAGACAGAAGCAUUCCCCAAGUACAGCAAGGACUAUAAAAAAGGAAUACGAUUAUGUCGUUGUUGGAGCCGGCUCCGCUGGAUCCGUCGUUGCCAAUCGUCUGUCCGAGAUUCCCUGCAUCAAUGUGUUGCUGAUAGAAGCAGGCUCGUCGCCCCCAGAAUUGACUGAUGUCCCAGCUUUUGCAAGAGAGUCCUGGUACACAAAGUACGAUUGGGCCUAUCUUACUAAACCACAAGCCUACACUGGCAAUGGCCUUGUCAACAGACAAGUGGUGUAUCCCAGAGGGAAAAUGUUGGGAGGUUGCAGUACGAUGAACCAUAUGAUGUACGUCAGAGGAAAUCGUCACAAUUACGACAACUGGUCCAAGCUUGGAGCCAAGGGCUGGAGUUACCAAGAAGUGCUUCCAUACUUCAAGAAACUGGAGGAUAACAGAGAUCCAGACAUCGUAGCAAAUGGUUAUCACAAUGUUGGAGGUCCAAUUACUGCAAUGCGGCCUGACUACACAACGGAGACCAAGCCACCUAUGCUACAAUCAGCAGAAAACGUGGGUUAUCAAAGCGUAGAUUCCAAUGGACCAGUUCAAACAGGAUUGUAUGACCACCAAGGAAACGUACGUGACAACCAACGAUGUGGUACAGCGAAGGCUUACUUAGUUCCAGCUGAAAAUCGAACUAACCUGGAUAUUUUGCCGAAUGCCAUGGUGACAAAGGUAAUAAUUGAAAACAGAAGAGCUGUCGGUGUUCAGUUUGAUUUUUCUGGCUCUAGUUAUGUCGUUCUAGCGAGGAAAGAAGUCAUUCUAUCUGCUGGAUCACUGAACAGUGCGCAGCUUCUGAUGCUGUCGGGCGUGGGUCCGAAGGAAGAGCUAAGCAAAUUCAAUAUACCGGUGAUAGCGGAUCUGCCAGUUGGAAGGAACUUGCAGGAUCAUGCUGGACCCAAUCUUGAUUUCGUUGUCAACCUACCAAUCCAAACUUCAUCUGAAAAGCAGAAAAAUGAUAUGAACAUUAUGGAAUAUAUUAACAGCCGAUCAGGUCCUUUGGCAUCUUGUGAUGGGGAAAUAAUGCAGCUAUUUCUACCAAGCACCUAUGUUCCACCUGGCGAAGACAAUCCUGAUUAUCAGUCUCAUUUCAGCGAAACAACCACCGAUACUGCCAAGAAGUACUUUGGUCUCACUCCUGAAGUAUACAACCAAGUGUACCGUCCUUAUGAGGGAAAGCCUUUGGUCUCCUGCUACACAUGUAUGAUACAACCAAAAAGUAGAGGAACAGUAACUUUACAGUCAGCAAAUCCCUAUGACGCACCUAUUGUUGAUCCAAAUUACUUCUCGGAUCCUCAAGAUUUGGACGUCGUUGUUCAAGCAAUGCUGACGUGCAAGCGGGUCGGAACAAGCCCACCAUUGAGUAAGUAUAUAUCCCGCAUCCAAACCCUCUUCCCUGGUUGCGAACAGUUUGCCGGGAACGAUCCCUUGUACUUCAGAUGCCAAGCUCAGUCUGUCAUCACUUCGAUUUUCCAUCCCGUGGGUACGGCAAAGAUGGGAGAUCCGUCGGAUCCAACCACAGUUGUAGAUCCUGAAUUAAGGGUCAAAGGAAUUGACGGCUUAAGAGUGGUUGAUGCUUCUGUUAUGCCAACUGUCACUUCGGGCAACACUAAUAUUCCUAUCAUCAUGAUUGGCGAAAAAGCGUCGGACAUCAUUAAGCAAAGUAUCGUUUGCGCAAUGAAUAUGAUCAAAUCAUCAGCAAAACGAAGGCAUUUAUUACCUGGUAUAGAUUUAAUCAACUGA